AUGCCAUCGUCGUCAAAAGGGCCACAAGGACAAGUCCUGUCGGAUGGGAACGAUGUCACGCUCACCUCCACCGACGGUCAGCCUCCGGAAUACAGCUCCGAGACAAUGCAUGGUCACAUCCUUCAAAUUUAUGAAGAAGUCAGCAAUCGGAUCGAUUUAUCGAGCCUGAAAACGUUCAAUACGGUCCUCUGCGUCGAUGACAACGCUCGAACCACCCCCAAGCAACAAAAUGCCACCAAGAUGAUGACCUGGCUUAUCAUGUGCCUGCUCCAAGCGAUCGGUGCACCGGUCCAGCUGAUGUUCAUGGAUUACCACAAGCCCGAAAUGAGAUCCGCUUCUGCCGCGGAGCAGGAGGCCGCGACCAUAUUGAACAACCUCUUUGUGCAGGAAGAAGCGGGCGAUGUCAUGGCCGAGAUUCGGAAGAAAGAUAAUUUCAGCAGGUGGCUCAAUAACAAAGCCCUGUAUGAUCUUCUGGGAUUGAUCAUGGACAGGGAGCCCAUGGGAAACCGCCACCAGAAGAUGUUGACAGAAAUACGGAAAUUGCGGUCUGAAUUGUCAGAACCGUGGAAAGUGAAGGAUUGGUCCUUCGAUAGGGUCGUGGAGACAUACAACGCCGCCACCGACUUCGUUGGGAGACAGCCGAUGAUUGUCAGCGGCCUCAGCUAUGCUCUUGUCGGAUUGGUCGACCAGCAAAUUCAGAAGCACAGGGCACGAGUAAGCGAUUCCACCGAGACGAUCAGCAAGCAGAAAUUCAUCGUGGUCACCACCAGCGCGAUCAGCGAGACCGGAUACAACAACGUCAAGAAGGGAUUGGACAAAGUGAAAGGGGGUGACACCGAGUUCAGUAUCACGACCGUCUAUCUCCACGAGGAAAAGUUGGACGACACGGUCAAGUCAUUCCAGCAGAAGCUCGACGAUCAAAAUCAACAAGGGAGGGAUAUCUAUGACGCCGUCUUCUUCGCUACAUCGGACCUCUUGGGGUACGGUCCUACAUUGGAACUCAUGGCAAAGAUCCUGGCUGGUCACGAGGCCAAGUGGGAUAGGCUCAGGAUGAAAAAGCCGGAGUAUGGUAGCGGUAGGCGACCCUAUCAGGGUGGUGUGGUCCUGCCUUCUGUCGCCGACGUUAAAGAUCACUUGGGUAUCUAG